AUGGAUCUAAGAAAAUGCCACGGUUGUCAAUCUCCUCUAAAAUAUACAAAAUUCUCAUCAAGAUGCGAUGCGUGCAACAAAGAUCACCAUUACAACAAGCAAGGCUACAAGUGUGAUAGCUGCUCGUUUUGUAUCCACGAGGAAUGCCUCAUCGCCGACAUGCCUUCUCGUCAUAAACACCCUCUCAAGAUCAUAAACUGCGACUAUUACAAAGAGUUAUGUCAUCUUUGUGUAACUCCAAGGUAUCCUGAAAUACUUUAUCACUGUUCACAGUGUCGUUUUCAUAUAUGUAUCCCUUGUGCGAGAGAACCUUUGAUCUUUAGCCAAACGAAAGCGCAUCACCAUGAGCUCCACCAAGUAAUCAUAGAACUCCCCUUCACUUGUGAUGCAUGCGGGUUGUGUACUGAUAAUAAGUACCCGUGUCUUUGUCUUCAAUGCUGUUUCAUAAUCCAUCGAACAUGCAUCUCCUUACCACGGGUUAUAUACAUCAACCGACACGACCAUCGUAUCUCUCAUGUUUCUUCUCUUGCCCAUGGGAAGUGGAUUUGUGGGGUAUGUUAUGAGCAUGUGAAUGGAGAGUAUGGAGCAUAUUCUUGCUCGGUUUGUUCUUAUGUUGUUCAUUCAGUUUGUGCAACAUAUAAAAAAGUUUGGGAUGGGAGAGAACUUGAAGGGGUACCCGAAGAAGAUGAAAAAGAAGAAAGCAAACCAUUCGAAGCGAAAGAUCAAGAGGUAAUAAAACAUUUUAGCCACGAACAUAAUCUCAAGGCUUCAUUAUCAUCAUCAAGACUUGAGGAACCAAGAGAGCAUUGUUGUGCAUGCACUCUCCCUCUUUAUUCUGAGUUGUGCUACAAAUGUACACAAUGUGAUUAUUUUACUCUUCAUCAUGCAUGCGCUAAUCUCCCUAUGCAGAAAAGACACGAGAUAAGCACACAAAUACUUACCUUGAGUGACAAUUCUCAGCAUGGCUCAAACCCGAAAAACCUGUUUUUUUGUGUUGCUUGUCAGCGUCAUUGCACCGGUUUCUCAUAUUUUCCUGAAAAAGACCCUACGUUCCUCAGCAUUGAAGAUUGUCAGCGUUUUUACACUGAUUUCGCCUAUUUUACCGUAAAUCCCAAGUUCUUCAGCAUUGAUGUGCGAUGUGCGUCAAUUUCAGACGUGUUUAAACAUGAGAGUCAUCCCCAUUGGUUAUUCUUGUAUUUUGAUUGGUUUUACUCGACUUGUGGUGGUUGUGACUCGGAUUGUCGUUUUUAUCUACGUUGCAAUGAUACAUAUGGUUGUGGUGACUACAAUAUAUGCUUCGCAUGCGCAACUUUACCCACAUUGGUAAGACACAAAUACGAUAACCAUCCUCUCACCUUAUGCUACGAUGGGAAAAAUGCGAAUGUGUCAUAUUGUUGCGGGAUAUGCGAAGAGGAAGAUCUAAUACAAAAAUACGAUUAUCGUCGUCCUUCCUUGAAGAGUUGGUUUUACAAAUGCAAUGAAUGUGGCUCCACUCUACAUACUAAAUGUGUAUUUAAAGAUCUAAUACACUCAAGACCAGGAUACAGUUUGGUGAUGGCUAACAAGGGGUCGUUUGAUUUGCUUCCAAACAAUAGUCUCUCUCGGCCGAUUUGCUAUUUAUGCAAGAUUCGUUGUAGAGGUGAUUUUGUUCUCAACAAAAAAGCAGAUUCAAAUAUAUUCAUAUGUUGUUCUUGUGGCUUUAGUUAUGACUUUUUCUUUGAAAAAUAA